UCCAACUUCCCACCGGUCCCCAAACAUUCCCGACCUCUUUCUUGCAGUACAAAUGAAGCAUCUCCACCGGAAUCCUAGCGACCAGUCCGUCCCGCCGCCGCCGCCAUGGAGGAUUGGCUCUUCUACUCGCUCACCACCAUGCUCUGCCUCCUCAGCUCGCUGCUGCUGAGGGCCCGGGCCCGCAGCCCGUCCCAUUCCGCGACGCAGACGCCGCCGCUGCCUCCAGGUCCGGUGCCGCUGCCGGUUCUGGGCCCGCUGCUCCACCUGGCGCGUCGCGACUUCGACCUGGAGCCCGUGCUGCGGCGCCUCGCGCGGGCCUACGGCCCGGUCUACUCCUUCGCGCCAUUGGGGCUGGCGCGGCCGAUGAUAUUCGUCGCGGCGCGAGGCCCAGCCCACCGCGCCCUCGUCCAGCAGGGCGCCGCCUUCGCCUCCCGCCCGCGCGCCACCGCUCCCGCCGCCGCCGUGCUCACCAGCGGCGGCCGCAACGUCAGCUCCGCGCCGUAUGGGCCCACCUGGCGCGUGCUCCGUCGCACCCUCGCCUCCGGCGUGCUCAACCCGGCCCGCCUCCGCGCCUUCGCCCCCGCGCGGCGCUGGGUGCUCGACGUCCUCCUCUCCCGCAUCCGCUCCGGCGGCGGCGUCGUCGCCGUCAUGGAGCCCUUCCAGUACGCCAUGUUCUGCCUCCUGGUGUACAUGUGCUUCGGCGGCGAUCGCCUCGGCGACGCGCGCGUGAGGGACAUCGAGGCGCUGCAGCGUGACCUCCUCGCCAACUUCCUCAGCUUCCAGGUCUUCUCCUUCCUCCCGCCGCUCACCAAGCUUGUCUUCCGCCGCCGGUGGAGCAAGCUCGUCUCGCUGCGCCGGCGGCAGGAGGAGCUCUUCGUCCCGCUCAUCCGCGCCAGGAGGGAGGCCGGCGCUGGCGGAGACUGCUACGUGGAUUCCCUGGUGAGGCUUGCCAUCCCGGAGGAUGGAGGGAGGGGGCUCACCGACGGCGAGAUCGUCAGCCUCUGCUCCGAAUUCCUGAGCGCCGGGACAGACACCACGGCCACGGCGCUGCAGUGGAUACUCGCGAACCUGGUCAAGAACCCGGCCAUGCAGGACAGGCUAAGGGAGGAGGUCUCCGCCGCCGUCGACGGCGAGCUGCGGGAGGAGGACCUGCAGGGGAUGCCGUACCUCAAGGCCGUGGUGCUGGAGGGGCUGAGGCGGCACCCGCCGGGGCACUACGUGCUGCCGCACGCCGCGGCGGAGGAGACGACGCUGGACGGGUACCGCGUCCCGGCGGGCACGCCGGUAAACUUCGCGGUGGGCGACAUCGGGCUGGACGAGGAGAUCUGGACGGCGCCGUCGGAGUUCCGGCCGGAGCGGUUCCUGCCGGGCGGCGAGGGGGAGGACGUGGACCUCACCGGCAGCAAGGAGAUCAAGAUGAUGCCGUUCGGCGCCGGCAGGAGGGUCUGCCCCGCCAUGGCGCUGGCGCUGCUGCACCUCGAGUACUUCAUGGCCAACCUGGUCAGGGAGUUCGAGUGGCGCGAGGAGGCCGGCGAGGAGGUGGACCUCACCGAGAAGCUCGAGUUCACGGUUGUCAUGAGGCGGCCGCUCAAGGCGAGGGCUGUGCCGCUGAGGCAAGGAAGGCCCAUCGCCGCCACGUGCUCAGGUUGAUCGACAGGGGCGCACCAUCUUCUCCUUUCCCGUAUGUUUAGUAGUGCAUCAUAGCUUCUCGUUGCUCAUGACCAUAUAAAGAUGGUAAUUAGAUUAAGCUUGUCUUCUUCUUUUCUCAAUUUGCUUUUGCUAAUGAAAUGUAAUGUGUGGUUUUCUAAUCUAAAGUCAGAUUAAAAUGAAA